GAAAAAGUUUGCCCUCACAGUUUUCUGGACUUGUGGCUUCUUCAAUCUUGAGCUGUGACCAAGGAUUUAUCAGAGUUAAACUAACAAGCACUGCCUCAGUCUUUACCACGGUUAGAGACACAAUUGAUGGAAUACACAGGCGACGGUUGUGUUGACCGAGGUGAUGAUUUAUGAUGUGGCAGUAAUAGGAGCUGGGGCAGCUGGCCUCACCGCCGCUCACAAGCUUCUCCAGGCGGACCCAAACCUCACCCUAGUUGUUCUUGAGGCCAAGGACAGAGUCGGUGGUCGCACACUGACGGUGCCUGUGGACAUCGGUGACGGCAAGACUGACACUUUUGACAUGGGCGGCCAGUGGGUUGGAUCAAGCCAACAUCAUGUCCUCAACAUGAUGGAGGAACUGGGCCUGAGGACCUACCCGCAGUACACGGAGGGCACGAAGGUGAUGCAGCUCGGAGACAACAAGAUACGCACCUACACCGGAGACAUACCCUCACUAGGCUCCCUCAGGGGUCUCAUCCAGCUCCAACUGUUUAUAUGGAAGGCUGAGCGCAUGGCGGCCAAGGUGCCCAUAACAGACCCGUACAGCAGCAAGUAUGCGGCCGAGCUGGGCGGAGAGACGGUGAGCUCCUUUAUGAAGAAACACAUAUCCAACAAGGCGGCCAUGGAAGCUAUUGACGUGGGCUGUAAGGCGUCUUUUGGGACAGAAGCAUCACGGAUCAGCGCCCUGUUCUUCAUGGCCUACGCUAACUCUGCCGGAGGAGUCAUGAAGGUGUUUGAGACCAAGAAAGAUGCCGCCCAGGAGUUACGAGUCAUGGGAGGAACACAGCAAAUAUCAGAGCUUCUGGCAGACAAGAUUGGGAAAGAAAAAGUCCUCCUCAGCCACCCAGUUUGUGAAAUGAAGCAGACGACAGACUCUGUGGAGGUGAAAACGGAAAAUGGAAAAUGCUUCACUGCAAGGAGGGUCAUCAUGACAGCUCCGCCAAAUCAACUUAUCAAGAUGAAGUUUGACCCACCUCUACCACCAUACAAGCAGCUGAUAUAUGAAAACCAUCCUAUUGGUCACCUCAUCAAGUUUUACGUGACAUACAAAAAGGCAUUCUGGCGAGACAACGGAUAUUCAGGUGAAAUUGUGAGUAAUGGUGGUGAGACGGAGGUUGAUGGUGUGAGCAGAGGGCCUCUCAGUGCCUGCUUUGAUGCCACCACCCAUACUGGCACACCAGCCAUCGUGGGCUUCAUUGCUGGACGACAAGGUGUUGAGUGGCAUAAUAAGACGGAGGCAGAAAGGAAGAAAGCAGUAAUUGAUGGUCUGUCCUCUACCCUUGGCAGUGAAGCUCAAGACUAUGUAACUUACAUAGAGAAAGUGUGGGCCGAUGAGCCAUAUACAGGCGGGUGUCCAGUUAUGUUUGGUGUUCCUGGAACUAUGUACGCCUUCCCUCACCUGCGUCUCCCAUUUGAUAGGCUUCAUUUCGCUGGAACAGAAACGGCAACAGUGUGGACAGGUUUCAUCAGUGGUGCCAUCCAGUCCGGGGAACGAGCUGCAAAAGAAGCCUUACAAUAUUUUCGUCCAGAAUUGUUGACUGAGAAAGAUUUGCUGGGGACAUGUCAUGAUCCAAAAAGGUCUUUACUACCUGCAUCCCAAGUGACAUCAAGAUGGCCAAGUAAAGGGAUCUAUAUUGUCUAUUUGGCUGUUGUGGUUGUGUUAAUUGGUGUUACAUUCUCAAUAUACUUUCAAGAUGCCAUCUGGUGACACAUACACAACUGAAAAUAUCAACAUUAAUACACUAUUCCAACUGAAAAUGUGAGAGAAUUCAAGAGCAAUUGCAAAUUAUCUUAAAUUAGAAUCAGUGAAUCAUUUACAUUUACACCAUUAUAAACCAUUUCUAAUUUAAGGUUUUUAUAUACAGUACCAUUUACAGUCACCAAUAAAAAAUUUUCUUCAAA